CGUGGGUCAUCUGUGAGUCACGUGCCUUGUCUUCCUUAUUUUCAAAAUGGGCGACGUAGACUACUCUCCUCGCGAGCGUUUUUUGCCGGGUCCCAAACACGGCUGCCUUCACCCAGCGAGAGCACCAUUUAGAUUUGUUCUUCUCAUCUUUACAUGUCUUAUGACAUUCGGUUCCUAUUACUGCUAUGAUAUGCCAAGCGUCUUGCAGAAGCAAUUUACAGAGAGUCCACAUCCUAAUGCUACAGGAAACUGCAGUAAAAUAGAUGGCAAUCCUCCACCUGAUGGAACAGUCAUCAAUGGGACAGACUGCAUAAAAGGAUUAGGUCUUACGCAAAUAGAAUUCAACCUCUUGUAUUCAAUAUAUGCCUGGACAAAUGCUGUGAUAGUACUACUCGCUGGAAUCCUGAUUGACAAAUUAGGAAAUGGAGUUGGUGCUCUUCUAUUUUCGUCCAUGUGCCUUAUUGGAGUCUCCACAUUUGCCAGUGGCCUCUAUUUACAGGGAACAAAGGCUAUGUUCCCCAUUAUGCUGCUUGGAAGAAUUUUGUUUGGUUCUGGAAAUGGUUCCUUGACAAUUGUACAAAAUAGGAUUUGUGCUAUUUGGUUUACUGGAAAAGAAUUGGCAUUUGCAUUCGGGGUCAGCUUGGCAUUCUCUAGACUGGGAUCCGUCAUGAACUUCUUUUUAACCGAAGAGUUUGAAGAAAAAUACGGAUUACAGAUUACUUUAUGGGGAGGGUCAAUACUGUGUGGUUUCGGAGUACUAUGUGCGAUUACAGCUACCACAUUAGAUUAUACUGGGAUUAAACUGCUAAAUAGGAAAGCCGAAAUGGAAGCACAGUCGAAAAGAAUGCGCGUCACAGACAUCAAGUUUUUUGGUUCUUCUUACUGGCUGCUUGCAAUGACUUUGAUGUUUUUCUAUAAUGGUGUCUUUCCCUUCGUGUCUGAUGCUAGUGAUUUCAUAGAAACUAAUUACGCUGAAACAUUUAAGUUUGGCCCCAAGACUUCUGCGUACAUCGCGGGUGCUGUUUACGAUGUCUCCAUGGUCUUGGGCCCUUUUAUGGGUGCCAUUGUGGACCAGUUCGGCAAGCGUGGCUACCUCUCCCUGAUAUGUGCUCUGUCUUGUAUUCCUGUGUUCGGUCUCUUGUCAUUUGCGCCAAGUGUCCAUCCAAUCAUAUCCACUCUCUGGCUUGGACUUAACUACUCUAUAGCUGCUGCAUCACUGUGGCCAUCGGUUCCGCUGAUAGUCAACCAGGGAUGUGUAGGAACAGCGAUGGGUCUGAUGACGACAAUUCAGAUGAUCGGCAUUGGCAUAUGUAACCUGAUCGUCGGUAAAAUCCUCGACAUGAAAUCGGAGCACAAGUGGAAAUACAUGAUGAUCUUCAUGUUGGGCAACACGCUAGCGUGUGUCGUCUUCGCUGUCCUACUCAAUAUUAAUGACUUUCGCAAGGGCGGCGUCUUGAAUAAGAGUGCCAAGACAAAGCGUUUAGAGGCGGCCAUUGCUGCCUCACAAGACUCGCCGCCCAUCGAGCGCAAGGAGGAGUACACAAGUAGAGACGCAAUGCUCUAUGACCCGGCUUCUAUAAACUGAAGCUGUGAAGAAAAGUCAGAUAGCGAGGUAGAAAGAAAAUUUGUAGAGCGACUAGACAGCCAGUGCAUAUGUUCGAUUGCGGUAAUGUAGACGAGCAAGUUUUAAGUGCCACUAAGCGUGGGUUAGAGCUACUGAAAGAGAUAGUGUUUCAGAAGGCAGAAACUAAGCUAGACAGCACGUUAGAUAGCAAAUUAGACAGUUGGUUAUAUAGCGAAGUGGACCGUUAAUGUGCAAGUUAUACUGGAAGAGUCAGAGCUAGAUAUAAAGAGGGCAAUCGAGUUUGAUAUCGCGUUCGUUUAAGGCAACACGGAAGUCAGUGAGAUAUAGAGUUAGGCAUUUAGACAUUAUUGGGGGUAACAAGACAGCUAGUAAAAUAAUAGAGGAUUAAAAAAAUGAUCGAGGUAGAAAGACAGAAAAAAUGAGGUAUUAAGAUAGACCUUCGUUCAAGCUCGAGGACCCAGCGUACUUUGCGGGCGCUUUGCGGUAGUGACCUUUCGGAAGCGCCCGCAAAGUACGCUGGAUCCUUUAGUAUAACAUUCAUCAGACUCGCAAUUUACAGAUGCAAUGUCUCGUUACUUUUAUUAGAAAAUUAUCACAAGAAACUAUAUUUGACAGGUUUUACAAAUAAAAUCUAUUUUGCAUA